ACCCGUCAAGAAAAGAAGGGGAACAAAGCCAAGCGCAACUUUGAGCUGAAUGGCAAGUACACCGCCAAGCACAUGCGAUGCGUCGAAGCUGCCAAGGCCAACCGGACCAUCUCAUCGUGA